AUGGACGACGACACUGAUUCCCAAAGCCUGCUGCAGUCCGUGCUUGGAUUAUUCGCUCGAAAACGACCUCAAAGGUCGGCAAAGCCGGCGUCACUGAGAUCUCGGAAACGCGAGGCCUGGCUACGGACGGACGCAUUUCUGCAGCGCGAUGAUCUUGGCGAAGCUGAACCAGAGAGCGUUGCAAGGACUCUGCGCGCAUUUGAACAUCUUGUUCAAGACGACUCUGAUCGAGAGAUAGAUUUCCUUCGCCGCAUGAUCGAGAAUCCGAGUCGCGAACCGCAUGCAGACCUAGACACUGUCAUUCGCGUUAGUAAACGGAGACGAGAAUGCGAUGUUGCCAUUCAGGAACUUUCGCAUUUGGAACAGGAGAGAAAGAAGCGCCGAGUUCUGCCUCGUGAAGAGUCAACUCAUGGGUCCAAUCUCGAAGACCCCGAUGCCGACUUCGCCGUGCUGAUGAGGGGACAUUUGGUGUCCUUGGACAAUGCGUUGCGAAGACACUGGGUUUGCGUUUGCCAGAAGUGCUCAGGGUUGAGCGUGAGACUGUCGCUGCCACAACACAAAAAUGAUCUCGAGGCUGAGGCGAGUUUCGAAGUAUUCUUCGGCGUGCGGUCUGUACCUGCAACUGCAUUGCAAGAAGCUAAAAUCACGGUCAAAGACCUACACGAGAGCACAUUAAGGCGCUCAUCUGAGCCUAUAAUUAGUAGCCAACCCGACAUUGCCCACAUAUGCCAAAGCAUCACAGAGUCCCUCGGUCAACAAAAUUGCUUGCAUUUCGCUCUCGAGGAUGGGAUAUUUCAGAGGCUUCGCCCGCAACCAAAGACAUUUGGUAGUGACCGAAUGUCUCAGUCAGUAUCCUUGUCGGAUUUGUUCAAUCGCCAGCAAGAAUUACUUCGUGGUGAAUCGGUACUGCCACUCAAGGGGAAGCGAGUCUUGGCUGUUACACUGGCUUCAGCACUCCUUCCCUUCUUGGAGACACCGUGGCUACAGUUUUUCUUCAAUCACUCAAAGAUCCAGUUUUUUGAGCCACGGCAGGAUGGAGAACUCCCCGUCAUCACGAAACCUUUCCUGGCUCUGGAGCACGUUCCAAUCAUCUCAGCCCACAGUACAGACAACGGAGACAGUUCUGGCGCCUCGAAACACAUGGUUCAUCCCAACGCCAGUGUGCUAGCGCUAGGCAUACUCUUGUGCGAGCUUCACUAUUGCACACCUGUGGAGCUGAUGGCAAAGGGCCCGCAUGUUGUCAGGAACGUCAAUGCUGAUUAUUAUACCUGUCUCGAUAAGCUUCAGACUCUGGAAGACGACGCUGGCGUGGAUUACUAUCUCGCUACGAAGGCAUGUCUCACUGAGAAGUACUAUCCCCUUGGACAGCACGCUGACUUCGAGGAUGUCAGUGUUCAGCGGUUUUUCUACCAACACGUCGUCAAACGACUUGAGGCUGUGAUAUUCAAGGCAUGGGGCAUUCGAUUAGAGAACUUGGGUUCAUUCGAUUCUCGACAGAAUGAAUCAUGCUGGGGCUCUAGCGGUCGACAAGUUGUCCGCCUCCAUACAGGCAAGAUCGAUUCCUCCAAUGCACACAAUACAGUAAGGGCAAGUCCGCAUCGUUCAAUGUCUGACACCGCGCCCGUGAACUACGCAUCCCUCCACUCAGAUAUCGUGCUACGGGUAUCGGCACAACCUUCUUCGGGAUCGCAAGCCCACAGACACCUCGCCGAGCCUUCAGAGAAGAGCUUGUACUUUUUGAUGCAAGCCACCAGACGGGUCCUGGUGGUGGAUGUAUGAAAUCGGAUGUCGGACACAGAAAAUAUGUCUUGGUAAAGGACAUGGUUUCAAGAUUCAGAUUCAGAUACCGGGCUUUCCUUAGGACCGAGCGAAAUGAUCGAAGGAGCAGAAGAAGAAGAGUGUGUUGAGAGAGGCUCGGUUUCUAUAGGCACGGGCCCGAUUACUCGAGUGCCCCUGGGUCGAAAUCCCCCACAGGUCCUGUCUUCUGUCAUACUGCCAGACCGGCCAAGCUCACAGGCCAAUGAAGUCGUGCAUGUUGAUCUGGCCAGGUACAGCAGCCAAGCCGAGCCGCUGAUCGCCAGCGGUUAGCGCGCGUUGUACUUGUACCUCAUGCACCGCUACUUCUAUCCGUCACCCAUUGGGAGAAGGGUGAGGCGGGGCAUUAACUCGUAGCUCGGCAGCACCCAAGACACAUGCUGCUUUCACAUUAUCUG